AUGGCAGAGUCCACCACCAAAGGCCUCGGCCAAAUUGGUCUUGGGGAAGAGCCAGCUGAGGGCAAAAUGCCCACCCCAAGGGCUGAGCUCGAAGUCACUAUCCAAGAGCUAGUGGCGCGUGGCAACCAUCUCAACGACGAGGUAGAAACGUACAUCGCCGCGGUUCUUGAGAAGCAAAAAGUCGGGAAGGUCUACAAUCCAGUUGAAUACCGAAAUCUUCGCAAUGACAUGCGCAACGAGCUAGCCUUCCUACAAAAGAUCGCAGGAUGCUCCAUGGAUGAGGAAAAAGCCCAGCAUUACAUUGUAUCUUCGAAUCUCCUCUACUACGAAGCACUAUGGGGCGCAGCGAAGCGCUCAAUGGGAAUCCAAAGCUUCCGCAAAUACUUCUUCUGGGACCGACACAAGGCUCCAGCGGGCAAAAGUACAACAAAAGGAGUCAGCCUGGCGAAGGGAAGUCAAGCCAAGAAUAAGACUUCCGCGCUCGUUGACAUCGUUGCAGAAGAGGGUGCGGAGUGGAUACGCGUAUCAACCGUCUCGGAAAAGCGCAUCCUCUUCGAUCUCGCGAAAUUGGGUUGGGUCAACGACUCCGACUCUGAAGACAAUGAAGAUAUGCCGCCUCCACCGGAAGACGACGAUGACGACGAAGACCAAAUCGACGUGGUACGAAAUGCUCGAGGUCUUGCGAGAGCUGCUCGCGCGAACCCAAUUCGCGGUCGGCCGCCCAAGGUGCGCUUCGUCUUAACACGAAUCUCCGCUGGGAAAACACCAGCUAUCGAUAUGAUCAUCAAUAAAAUACGCGCUACGGGUGCGAUAGUGCAGUGCGGAGAUGACAUCCCGACGGCUCUCUCUAUAGACGCUGUUCUACCGCGCCUACUCAUCGAUCGAUCACGGGCUCUGAGCGAUACUUUGAACAUCGACUGCACCAUUCUACUAGCCCUCAUAUCCGACAUCUCCCACAAACCAUGCCCGAUACUGGACUGGUAUCCAGGGGAAGUGCGCGCCCAGAUCGAAGAGGAGGCCCAAGAGCACCUGCUACCAACACAUCUAUACCCUGCCAUUGGCGCGCAUCCCAUGGUGUGCACGCGCGAAGCAGCCGAGCAGAUGAACCUGAUAGUGCAGACUCUAGCAACUGAUACAGAAAAGACAAGAGCGGAUCUCCUUCUCCGACAAGGAGACUGCGCGUCGUGGUCACAACAACAACUAGUUGAAGAAUGGGCCGCACUAUCCGACUACCCCCCACCCCCCUCCUUCACCCUCCCCAUAACCGUCAAAUCCCCCAACGUCUCCACCAUCACCGACAACCUACCCCACGCCGCUACCGCCGUCGCCGCCGAACUCGGCCACCUCAAUAAAUCCAUUUUCCUCUACGGCUGGUCCCAGAACCUGACGACGCUGAGUGCGAACCGCGGGCGCGCAAAACAGAUUGAGCAUAUUAUCAAUGAGCAUGGUCUCAAGGACGGCGAGGCUGGGCCGCAUAUCUGGCUGUGUGGGGAGAGCAGGAGUUUGAUUGCGAAACAUGGGAGGAGGAAGUAG